UCUCAUCGCAAACGUUAACGUUGACGCACGAACUGAAAAGAAGUUCGAAUUGGUUCGAAAAUGCUAAAAUAAAGUUUAAUAAGAAAAGAAAAAAAAAACAUAGGCAAUAUUUGUUAAGGUUUUUCUUAUAAUAAAAACACAAAAAAAAGAAAAUAUAAGAAAAACCCCACCCCUUUUGGCUUUUGUAAGAAUCAAACAAAUAGACUUACAAAAAAAAAAUAAAAAGAAUUGAAGUGAUUCAUGCGCUUGCGCGUGCCGCUUACUUAGAGCGCAAAAAACAAGAAUAAAAAAGUGAUACAAAUUGUGAAAAUUUUACCAAUUGGCAUAGAGUGAAACGGAUUAAACUAAAAUCACAACAACGACGUGAGCAGAGCAGAAAUAACCACCACAAAUCGAUUGAAAUUCAAUAAGAAGCUCCACCAUACACGGAUGGUGUUGGGAAAUCAAUAAAAAAAGAAAAGAAAUUCUGCUUAUGGAGUAGCUGUCUGAAGAAGAUCCCAAAAGUGACAUCACAACAACAACAAACGCUGUGGGAGACUCAAAAAGACAAAUGCUGCUGCACUGGGUAUCCCUACUCUAAGAGAAGAGUAGUAGUACACUAGCAAUGCUUCAUCAUGGAGGAGCUAUUCAGACAAAGCCAAUAAAAAAACUCAAUAGGGUUUACUAAAGAUUGUCUUUAAAUUGAAAAAAAGAAGAAAAAUAUUCUCUCUUGUGUUUACUAACAUUGGAAUUUUUUUUUUCUAAGUGAAGAAAAACAGCAACAACAAAAUAACAAUAAUCAAUAAAAUAAUAUUUAUUUAUAUAUAUAUUUUUUUCUGUUAAAUAAACGUGUGAAAAUUAUAUGUACAUACUCAUAUGCUCAUCUCACAUAAGCCAAGCAAACACAUUUAUUCGCCUCGCCGUCUUUGAGUUAAAAAAAAUAAAAACAGAAAAUCAUCAUCUAUUUAACAAAUCAGUGCUAAUUGUAAGAGUGUCAUGCAUUAAAUUUAAAAUCCAGAGAGCGAAAUUAAAAAUUUGCUUCAUUCUCCUAUAACGCCAGCACGCUUUGAAUUAAUUUAGAGAGCAGCCAGCGGCAUAACUAUGGAUUUGGAUAUUAUACAAUCUACCAAAGAAGGCGAAAUCACGCAAUUCCUAUGUGAUGUUCGCGAUUAUUUUAGGGCCUCUUUGGCCACCUCGGAAUAUGAGAAUACCUCGAAUAUGUUUUUCAUGACUGAGUCCGAUGUGACGGAGCAACUUUUGCAACGUUGCGAGCAAUUGUUAACUCGUUUGGGCAACAACAAAUGUCGGCAAGAUUCAAAUCAACAGAAUCUGAUCACCUAUACCAUACCAAAGCCCAUUGUGACGCCGGUGACCAAUGGUCUGCCGCAUCAACAACAGUGGCAAAUAACAAGCAAAGAUAACAUCAAGACGACGGCUGCACCAAAACACCACCAACAGCAGCAGCCAAAUCACCAUCCUCAUCAAAGCCAUGUCACCUCGAAGACCAUAAAUGGUUGUUCCACCACCACUCAACCGGAUAGACAACAAUCAGCAUCCCGUAUCCACCAUCAGCAGCAACACGAUGAUGUCUCAUAUCUGGAUAUGUCGGCUGCCCACAACAACAACAAGAAAAAAUCUUCGACUUCUUUGCGUGAAUCGAAUGUCAUGAACAGCUCUGUGGAUAGUGAUAAAACUUUUCGCUGCUCCACCAUGAUUGUGAAACAAAACAAAAGUUUUCUACAUCGACUGCAUGACACCAUGACCACUACCACAGAUGAAGAGGCCGAAACGGAUAGUCUCGAUGGCCAACUGGAUGAUGAAUUCGAAGAUGAUCCGCAAAUCUACGAUAUCUGCCAGGUGACCACUCAGGGAUCCGAUGGUGAAGAGGAUCAUUUGGGCCAGGAGGAGACGCACAAGGCCAUAACACCUGAUGCUCACUUCGCCUUGCCCCACAUGGAAUGUCCCUAUAUGGAUUUACCUGCUGGCCAUAUGGCCAUACACAAAUCCGCUAAAUACGGACAACUGCAGAGGAUCGAAAAACGCCUAUUCUUCGAUCAGAGCAAAAAGUGCUAUUGUGGCAUUCUAAACGAUUGGCUGCUGUGUUAUGCCGAUGGGCCUACCUCCAAUAAACCUACGAUCAGCUUGUAUUUGAAAAUGCCCGGCAUAGAGAUUGAACACUUCGGAGAGGGUAAACGUAGAGAUGUAUGCUUCCAGGUAUCCACACCGGAUCCCAGCAAACGUUUUGUGUUCCAAGCGGUCAAUGAAAUCGAUGCCAAAGAAUGGAUUCAUGCCAUAGAGGCGGCCAUUAGAAGUGAUAUUGGAAGUGGUGCUGCAGGCGUGGGCGGUGUAUCUAUAACCAAUACCAGAAACUCUUCUACGGCGCGCAAAUUACCCACCCCUCCGGUAAUGAAGAAAAUGACCUUCCUUAGCACCUUUCAAAAGGCCUAUGAUAUGAAGCACAAUGCCAAUGCAAACUCGACUAACAACGCCAAUGCCGUGACCUCCAGUGCAACAGCUAGCGAUUGUAUUUAUGAGGAACCUUCUCCCGUUUACAAUGUCACCAAUGUGGCUGGCCUGCAACCGCCUGAACUGCCCCAAAAGCAAAGUAGCCCCUCAGCAAUGGCACAACGCUUUGAAUAUGAUGUUCCCAAGUGUCCACCCUUACCAUUGGCCAAUGGUGAAAACGAAGACAUACAGCUCAUAAAUCCCUAUGACAAUGAUCACCAACAGGAGGGGAACAGCAUGCAGAGCACACCUCCAAAAAAUCAUUCAACAUCAUCUUUAACCUCAUCACCGCCGGUGGUGAAUUUGAAUUUCACCACUCCCCCCAAAAUUAAUCUGAAAAUGGAAGAGAAAUUAAAUUUCCAAGCCAAGGUCAAAGAUGUCCAUAGCAAAUUAUCUAGUCAGCUAUCGAAUGGACCCACUUUGAAGUUAAAGCCUCUCAAGAAAAGCUAUUCCUCAUCGGGCUCGUCUUUGCAGCAGGGCGAUGGGGAAUCUCUUAUUAUGAGUUCCUCGCCCAGCUCGCCUUCAUCUCUAUCUUCGGCCGAAUUGAAGAAACAAAAGAAAUCGCCCACACCCCAAAACAGUCCCCAAAAGUCCACAGACAAAACAACGGCUACCAAAAAUUGGUUCUUGAAUAGACUCAACAAAACCACCUCCUCGACCCGCAGCAAUGGCUCUUCUUCCUCUGCACAAUCAUCGACAUCCAACUCAAAUGUCUCCGCCAAAUGCAAGCAAAGUGAAAAGGAAAAUCUACUCAACUCUUCUGCAGAUAAUGCCGAAGGCUAUGACCACCAUGAAUCUCACUUGAGCAGUAAUCCAGCUUCACCCAUUCUCAAGUCCUCCUCCACCUCCUGUUCAUCGGCGGCCAGCACUCCCAUAGCCAGCACCAAUGGCAAAGGCAAAGUGAAUAUGCUGAUCAAUCAGUUGGAGGCAAGUGGCCAUCUGGCCAGCAUCUUUACCGCAGACGCGGUGGCCUCCUUUAGCUCAUUCUGUGGUGACAAUGAUUGCAACAACUAUGAACCCAUUAUGACUGUCUCAUCGCCGCCCAAUAGUUUUUUGAAAAAAGUUUAGCUAAGCUUAAAGUGAACCGCAAGCCAAGACAAUAAUAUGGCCCCGAGUAGAAAGUCAUAUUUGCUUAGAAACCGAAAGGAUUUCAAUUUGUAAAGAUAUGUCUGUCUACAAAAAUUCUGUAUUAGAAUAAAAAAAAAUUGCCAAAAUUUAAUUUUCUGUUUUUUGGUUGGCUUUAACAACCACACGCAUAACUACUAUAGAUAAAUUAGAUGUAGAUAAAAAAUUUGAAGUUCGAACAUAGACUGGUUGGUGGCGCUUGUGAAUAUACAUAAAUGAGAGUUAUGUGAGAACAUGCCGCAAGCAGAAUUCUGCUCUCAAUGUAAUGUUGUUUUGCGUCGUUUGCAUUUACUAAAUAUCCAUUAUUUUCUUUCCCCUGGAGGAAACUAUGGUUUAAUGCACUUAUAUAGGAUUUCGGCAGUCAUGGAUUUCAAUAUGUGUAUAUUUCUUUUAAUUUUGCGUUAAAUUUGAUUUUUUUUUUAAUUUUUUCGGCAGGGCUGCUUGCUUUGCAGAAAAAUAAAAUAAAUAACGCCACCUAUAAACUUGACAUUUGCUGUCAAAUUUUAAUUUUUAUAAAAAAUUUAAUCAAAAUUUCGAUAUUCUAUAUGAAUCAUUUGACUGGUUUCCUGUAUCGCGAUUAAAUUUUCGACCAAGAAAAAUCAUCAGCAGGAGAUGUCAAAUGGAUCGUGGUGCUUUACAAUCAUUCCAACUAGAGUAAGUUUUAAAGCACACAUCUGAAUUUGAACUUACUCUAUUUGGAAUGGUUGUAAAGCACCAUAAUCCAUUUGACAUCACCUGCUGAUGAUUUUUCUUGGUCGAAAAUGAAAUCGCGAUACAGGAAACCAGUCAAAUGCUUCUAGCAACAACACACUUUUUGCUGACUUUUAAAUUUUUUUUGCUAUACUAUUCUUUGAAUAGAAAGCAUUAAACAAUGGUAUAAAGCCGGACAAUAUCCUGGAAUGGAAUCUCAAAAUAUGUUUUUCAUAGAAAUUUUGCCAAAAUCUAAUUUUUAUAGAAAAAUUUGAUUUUUGUAAAAAUUUUGUCAAAUUUUUAGUUUUUAAAAAAAUUAUCUCGACUCGUCUCCCCUUUGGGAAAAAAUACUAAAUGGGCCAUAGCGAUCCAUGUUUUGAUAUAGCUGUCAUAUAAACCGAUCGGGGGUCUUGAUUUCUUGAGCCUCUAGAGGGCGCAAUUCUUAUCCGAUUUGGUUGAAAUUUUGCGUGAGAUGUUUUGUUAUGAUUUCCAACAAAUGUGUUAUGUAUGGUGCAAAUCGGUACAUAACCUGAUAUAGCUGCCAUAGAAACCGAUCUGGCAUCUUGACUUCUUGAGCCUCUAGAGGGCGCAAUUCACAUCCGAUUUGACAAUGGCUUCCCCAUGACCUUCAACAUACGUAUCCAAUAUGAUCUGAAUCGAUCUAUAGCUUCAUACAGCUCCCAUAAAAACCGAUCCCCCUAUUUUUCUUCUUGAGCAAUUCUUAUCCGAAUGGGCUAAAAUAUUCCACAAUGACUUCUACAAUGUUCAGCAUUCAAAUCAUUUAUGGUCCAAAUCGGACUAUAACUUGAUAUAGCUCCAAUAGCAUAACAGUUCUUAUUCAUUAUACUUUGUUUGCCUAAAAAGAGAUAUCGCGCAAAGAACUCGACAAAUGAUAUUCAUGGUGAAGGGUAUAUAAGAUUCAGCCUGGCCCAAUAAAAACGGUGGUUUUUUUUUUGUGCUCUAUUUAUAGUAGAAACAGAUUAACCUAUGGCAGGUUGGAGAAGACGACCCUCCACGCAGUGGUGCUUAAAGUUGUGAAGUCUCUCCAACUGAAGGAGUACGCAUUGGCGGCCUUCUCCAAUAUUGAGGGGGCAUUUAACAACCAGAAGAUGGGUCGACAGUCACCGCCCUGAGCCGCACGAGGAGACAGAAUACGGCCAAGUUUCCCUUCUGGACACUAUGGAUGCGGUGGGCAGACUGAGCUGGGUUUUUAGUAGACAGGGACUGGAUUGGCACUAUAUUGCGACAGACACAACAUUUCAGGGAGAGCUAUGUGCCAUAACGAUAGACGCAAAAGAAAUUCUGGAAUGGGAUUUACUAUUUUCGAAAUCAACUGUUGUAGAUGAUGUUGUAGCUACAUUUGUAUGUGGAGGUAGCGAUUCUCUUCAAGCUCGUUCCGGUCACCGAUCGCCGCGGGAACGUUAUGGCCAUUGGUUAUUAAAAGACGUCAAAAGAUUGCCUUGUCACAUCGAGUAUUUUAGCAAGAGCCGUAGCCGCCCGACCUCUCUCGGAGACUCUACUUUCGAUAUCGUUGUUUGUCCGCGACUUCAUUUGCAGCUACUCCGUAUACAAAGCCUUUCACUAAUCGCAAUCUGUGGACUCUCUCGGUAGCUUUCAGCUGAGCUUCUCGUAAUGACGAUAAACACCGCAAUCCCAUGGCAGCCGGUUGUACGUACCGAAUUGACCCGAUGGAGUUCUCCAAUUGGCAAGGGCUGCUGCCUCAGUGUACAACACACAGCUACAACAACAACAAUAACAACAACAACAACGAUGAACACCAAACAAAUUGGAGCUCAGAGUUUCAAUUGAUGUGGUGCUUAUAAUCAUCGCGUGCCGGGUCGAAAUCUGUGUGUGUAUAUGGCGGCCCUCAAGGCCGUGGGCUCUAGCACAGUAAGGUCGAUGUGCUUGGAGGAGUGUGUAAAAUCCCUGAAGAGACCUAAGUAUCACAACAGAGUAAUAACAUGGAUUAGCGGAUACGACAGCGCCGUAUUGGCGCUUACCCCUAUACUCUUCUUGUAAUUUCUUGUUAUCACAUAUGUCUCACUUUUUUCACAACAGGUCAGACUGACCACCUUUUCAUGGUGGGCUAUACAAUUAACCUUUAUUAUUAACAAUAAAUUGCAAUAAAUGCCACAGAGAACUAGAAUAGGAGAAUAGUAGUUUUCUAACCCUCAUUUUUGGUUUUGAAAUUUCUUCAAACUUCAAAUUUUAUCCCGGACACGAAAAUGGAACCUAAAAUUUUGUUUUUACUGAAUUCUACUUUCCAUUUACGGUCGUCAGACGUUCGGUAAUCGUUUGCAUGCAUUUUCAUAAAGCAAAACAAAACAGCUGACAGAAAAUUUUACCCAUGAACAUUCCACUAAGGAACAGGGGCAAACUUCUCACAUAUCAAUGAGUGCAGUCCCAUUCAAGUUUAAGCUCAAUGAUAAGGGGCCUGCCCAAAUUUUGCCACACUAAGGAACAGGGGCAAACUUCUCACAUAUCAAUGAGUGCAGUCCGAUUCAAGUUUUAAGCUCAAUGAUAAGGGACCUCCUUUUUAUAGCCGAGUCCGAACGGCUUGCCGCAGUGCAACACCUCUUUGGAGAGAAGUUUUACAUGGCAUAGUACCUCCCAAAUGUUGCCAGCACUGGGAGGGGAGAACCACCGAUGAAAAUUUUUUUCCGAUAGAUUCGCCAGGAUUCGAAUCCAGGCGUUCAGCGUCAUAGGCGAACAUGCCAAUGACGCUGAACCAACCACUUCGCUGACCUCCGUGCAGUGUAGACCUUGGCAAUCUGUGAACUUAAACUCUUCAAGGUCUGGUAUGGUCCCCGUCUAUACUUGUGAAAAAUGUAGCUCCACAGAUAGGUGACUGUAGAAAUACACAUGAACAGUUAUGAGUGGCCCUAGCCUUCCCUUGAAACGUCUGCUAAUGACGUUGUGAUAAGUGAUUAAACCAUCUGUUGCGGUUAUCAAUAAUAAUCCUUAAUGCAAAUUGCAAAUUUUGCCCAUGAACAUUCCACUAAGGAACAGGGACAAAAUUCUCACCUAUCAAUGAGUGCAGUCCGACUCAAGUUGAAGCUCAAUGAUAAGGGGCCUCCCUUUUAUAGCCGAGUCCGAACGGGUUGCCGCAGUGCAACCCGUUCGGACUCAUCUUUGGAGAGAUGUUUUACAUGGCAUAGUACCUCACAAUUGUUUCCAGCAUUAGGAGGGGAAAACCACGACUGAAAAUUUUUUCUGAUGGUCUCGCCAGGAUUCGAACCCAGGCGUUCAGCGUCAUUGGCGGACAUGCUAACCUCUGCGCUACGGUGGCCUCCCAAUCCUUAAUUCUAGAGAUAUUCAUAAUCAAAAACCAAAUUAGUGCAACUCUCUCGCCCCUAAAAGAGAAAAAAGUGAUAUAAGGAAAUAUGAAUUCAUUGGUUUUUGUUUCCUGCUUUUUCUGGCAAUCAUGACUGUCAAAGGACUGUGUUAGUGAAUGUUUUUUAUGUAGCUUCAAAAAAAAAACACACAAUUCUGCUUCAACCCAAUCACAAAAGCCAACGAAUGAUGCUUGGAGACAAACCCUAAAAAAGCAAGUGUAAAAACUAUUAGCAAAUUUUAGCAAGACAAAGAGAUACCAACCCCCCUCCCCAAUGGGUAGUAAUAAAACUCAGAAAUGUUUAAAUGUAUUGAGUU